AUGAUAAAGCGCCUUGGGCCACAAGCCACAAGCUACACUUGUCGCAGGCCUAUGCUUCCACGACGAUGUUCUAUCCGCAAAUUCACAUCGCAUCCAAGCCCUGCACCAGCCCAUCCUUCCUCCGCAUCACCACUUGGGGUGAUUACAGUUGAACUGGACAAUAUUGCACCUCGAUUUGAAAUACAGGCCUCUCAAAUUAACAUUUUGGACUCUCCAGCUGCGUUCUACGAAGCUCUCAAGGAUAAAAUUCGAAAUGCGAAAAGGAGAAUAUAUCUCUCAACACUAUAUAUUGGCAAAACGGAAUAUGAACUUAUUGGCAUUAUCAAUGGAGCUCUACAGAAGAACCCAGAACUCCAAGUGUCGAUCCUGACAGACGCUUUGAGAGGGACUCGCGAGACCCCGGGUCAAUCCUGUGCCUCCCUUCUGGCUUCUCUAGUUUCAGAGCAUGGACCAGAUCGCGUAGAGAUACGGAUGUUUCACACUCCCAACCUCACUGGAUUGAGAAAGCGAAUCAUUCCAAGAAGAAUAAAUGAAGGAUGGGGCCUGCAGCAUAUGAAGUUGUAUGGCAUUGAUAAUGAAAUAAUACUUUCCGGAGCAAACCUCUCCAAUGACUACUUUUCGAACCGAGCAGAUAGAUAUCAUGUUUUUAACUCUAAACCGCUCACAGACUAUUACUCCCGAAUUCACAAUGGGGUAUGCAGCCUCAGUUUUCAGAUGCUUUCGGACUCAAAGGAUAAAGAAGGAUAUACUUUGUCCUGGCCAGCUUCAAAUGGAGCUCCGUCACCCCUCGAUGAUCGAGAGAACUUCAUUUCACAUGCAUCUACAGUUUUGGCGCCAUUAGUUAAGCCGUUGAAAUCCAAGGCUCUACCGCUGCCAGCGUCAUCUAAACCAACAUUAGUAUAUCCGGUAGCGCAGUUUAGCCCAUUAUUAAAACCCGACGAAUCCACAGAGUAUCCCGCCGUGACAAAGCUCCUCAGCCUCCUUUCCACCACCCCUGCUCUAGCCAACUCCAGCUGGCUCUUCACAGCGGGGUACUUCAACAUCCAUCCCGUCCUUUCUUCACUGUUAAUAUCCAGCACAUCCCCAUCAAAAGCUACUGUUUCCAAGCCCCAAGGUACGGUCCUUACCGCCUCACCCUGGGCAAACGGGUUUUAUGGUUCAGCUGGUGUCUCAGGUAUGCUUCCGGCAGCAUACACCCAUCUAUCUGCAAGAUUCCUGGACCGUGUUGCGGAAGCGCAGAGAACAAACUCCAUCCAAUGGAAGGAAUGGCGGCGGGGAACUGUUGGUGAAUCGGGAGGAUGGAGCUACCAUGCCAAGGGCCUUUGGAUAACCCUUCCCGGGGAACAGCAGCCGAGCAUUACGUUUGUAGGGAGCAGUAACUUCACGAAGAGAAGUUAUGGCCUUGAUUUGGAAGUUGGUGCUAUCGUGGUGACGUCCAACGAGGCGUUGAAACAGAGGUUAGCUGAGGAAACGGAGUGGUUGCAGAAAGAUGCCAGUGUUAUGUCCAGAGAUGAUUUGAGGAAAGAAGAGCGGAGGGUGAGCUGGAAUGUACGAUUAGCUAUGUGGAUUGUGGAGAAACUUGGGGGGGCUUUGUAG